AUGGCUAAAAACAAUAUUGAAGUGCUCUUCACCGUGCUGGAGGUACUGAUCGCUGUGGCAUGUUGUCUUGGUAACCUGCUGGUGCUCUGGGCCAUGUGGAAGUGUGGUACCGUGCGGCGGCAGCCCACUCUCUGCUUCAUCGUCUCUCUGGCCGUAGCCGACUUCCUGGUGGGAUCCAUGGUGGUGCCUAUUGCGGUUCUGGUGGAUGGACGGGUCCAAACCUCUUUCUAUGGCUGUCUCUUACCGAGCUGUGCUGAGAUUGUAGUGACCCAAGCUUCCAUCCACUCCCUGCUGGCCAUAGCUGUGGACCGAUAUUUGCGUGUAUACAUUCCUCACAGAUACAAAACAAUGAUGACCCAGAAGCUCUCCUGGACCAUAGUAGGAGUCUGCUGGGUGUCUGCAGGUAUCAUUGGGUCUGUUCCCAUGUUUGGAUGGAAUCGCCACGACACUCGAGAAGAGAUGGAGGCAUCAAACUCCACAACCAUCACUUGUACAUUUCUGGGGGUGAUUCCCAUGUCCUUCAUGGUCAACUUUAACUUCUUUGCCUGUGUGCUUCCACCCAUGCUGCUCAUGAUGGUGUUGUACUUCUACAUCCUCGUUAAGAUCCAGCGUCUGAAAGGAAGUGGGGCUGGCGGCAGCGAGUCUCGUUCUUACUACCAGAAGGAGCGGAAGCUCACCCACUCCCUCACUCUCAUUCUGGCGCUCUUCGCAGUCUGCUGGCUACCGCUGCACUUCACAAAUGUUGUCUCUUUCUACCGUCCACAGACCGCAGUUCCCCAUCAAGUCUUCUACAUAGGCAUCCUGCUUGCCCAGGCAAACUCGGCCAUUAAUCCAGUCAUUUAUGCCCUUAAGAUCCAGCACAUACGAGCUGCCGUAACGUCAUCGUGGAGGAGGUUAUUUAUGUGCUGGCCAGCGGAGGAGAGACAUGAGAGCAGCCAGACACCAGGAAACGACAGCAGCUGCAACCCACACAACAGAAGAGUUACUCAACAUGUCAUCAAUGGAACAACAACAGAACAUGACAACUGACAUUUUUCUGACUGCAAUGCAGUUUCAUGCAGGUUUGCAUUCAUACAAACUGAUAACAGUUGUAUAAUACUCUGUAAUCCAGAGAGGGAAAUACCCAUACACCUACUCUUCCUUUGUGUCAUAUUUAACAACUCUUACUGUACAUU